GUUACGUGUGUAAUUUAUUCUUUUAUUUACUUCAGACAAACAUGGCCGCCUCUUUGUCUUCCUCCUCAUUCGUUCCUUUGCUACUCCUCUUCCUCACCGUCACCGUGGAGACUAGACCUUUACCCCAUCAAGAUGACAAACAGGUCAGGUUACACUCUCUGUUUGGCUCUCAUCUCUCAUCUCUAAUCUUGGCUCCGCCCACCUCUGAUGACAUCAGAGAAGGGUCAGGUGGACACCCCGCCUCCUUGUCCCCCUCCCACGGUGCUGCGAGGGUAUUGGCUGACAGGAGUAGGGAGGCGGUCCCUCGGUUCUUGCUCGACUUCCUGCAGCGGCAGAGCAAGAUGAGGAGGCGGAGCCGCAAGUCGAUAGUGGGGGGGCGGGGCUGCUUUGGGAUGAAGAUGGACCGGAUCGGCUCCAUCAGCGGGCUGGGCUGCUAGAGGCGUUACCACGACAACCACCUUCACAGCCCUCUGUUCAGACACAUGGUGACUUCACUGUCUAGUCCUUCUGACUUUGUGAUGGCACUGCAGGAGAGUUGAUGCUGCAUGACCUCUGACCUCCACCUGGCAGAGACUCCAUGUUGGAACUCACCUGUAAUGAGGUAGACUCAGGUAGACUCUCUACCUCUGACCUCUGACCCCUGGCUACAGCACAGCCAGCAGCGUGCAUGUGUGUGUGUGUGUGUGUGUGUGUGUGUGUGUGUGUGUGUGUGUGUGACGUCCAUGUAUUAAACAUGCAGAUGUCUGUGUAUUUAAUGUGCUUAAUUUGUGUGUUUAGUGUGUUUAUUGUGUGUUGA